AUAAGGUCUGAGGACGUUGACAACUAUUGUGCUAGUUUACGUAUGCGAAAUGGCGUAGAAUAGGCAGAAUGUGUAAUAUUAUAGGUUUUCAGGUGUUUUUGUUAAUUUGGAUUAUAGUUUGUUUUAAAGUUGCUAUAGCAAAUGAGUUUACAUGCGGAAGACCUUUGGGUGUAGAAUUUCGUUUGUUACCAGAAGACAGAAUCGUUGCUGGUUACGAUGUUGGUUAUUACAGAUAUCCCUGGUAUGCAGCCCUUAUUAGAUUUAAUAUGGUUUCGUGCGGAGGGGCUCUUAUAGCACCUGGGACAGUUUUAACAGCUGCUCACUGUUACAAGGACUUUAUCAAGGCAGCGAAAAAAGGAUAUAGGCCGCUGGAGUCCUUCUAUACAGUAAGAAUGGGCAUUUACAAUAUUUGUCAAACAGAAUCAACUCAAAAAGAAUACAAAAUUGAAAAAGUGAUCAUACAUAAUAACUAUUUCAAGAAAAUGCCUUAUUAUGAUAUAUGUUUACUUAAACUCACUGGAAAUACAGAUCAGUAUCAACCAAUCUGUUUACCACCACCUAAUUUAAAGAAAAAGCCAAUCGACGCAACGGUUCCCGGAUUGGGUACUUUGAGGUAUCAUGGAGCAAUGCCUUGUACAGUACAUGAAGCUAGAUUGUUAAUAUAUAAUGAUACAGUGUGUCGUGCCAUGAUGAAUAAGACAGGUAACGAUGCCAGAAUAAUGGAAAAAUCAUUUUGUGCUGGAUAUUUACAAGGAGGAAUUGACACCUGUCAGGGUGACAGUGGAGGUCCAUUACAAUCGAUGUCUCCGGAAGGUGAUUUUGUUUUAAUUGGUAUCGUAUCCUUCGGCUUUCGCUGUGCAGCUCCUGGAAUGCUAGGCGUGUAUACAGACGUCUCACAGUAUAUAGAUUGGAUAAAAGAAAAGUCUGGUAUCGAUAUUCCAACAUAUUCGAACUCUAUUAGCACAUCUGGAGAAUCUGAUGCUAAACCUAUUAAAAGACCAACUGGAAAACCUCCGAAGACAGUUAACGGUCAAGGAAGUAUUGGAGGAGGAGGAGUCCAUCUGACACGACCUUUCCGUAGACCGGUUAGGAUUAUCAUCGUAAGAAACAACCAUUUACAACCAGUAACAAGAGUGUUACUUCACCAUCCUAUUAUCCGACACAAGCAACGUAAAAAUCCUUAAAACCCUUUCUAAUGUCAAACAUUUAACAUUUAUAUGAGAGUUCAUGACAGUCAUACAAUUAAAUUUCCAUUAAAAAAAUUUUUGUCGUUAUCUAUGGUUAAAUUUGUAAUGGAGUCAUGUGCAAUAACGAACACAAAGGCGGUUGUCUCCAAUACACGCUGUACGCAGCCUACGGCGUCUAUUGGAUACCACCGGCUAAGUCGGUGGUCACUUAAAUUCACCCCAUAGUUUGAAUUUGUUUUAGAAUUAAUUUUUUUUAACUAUUUUCGGUUGUAAGAUAGUUUUUGUCCUUCAGGGUUUAUUAAAAGUAACGAAAAUUAAUAAUUUUCUAAGAGAUUUUAAUCGGUCAAAUUUUUAUCUUUUUAAUGAUCGAUGAUAAGUUUUGAUAUACGCUCGGAAAUCGGCUAGUAUUUAAACCAAAUAUAACAAAAUGGUCAACAGAUUCCAAACUAUUGCACUGACUAAUAUGUUACAGUAAUACCAGAUAGUAAAGUCUAUAAAGUAGUCUAGAAGGCCUCGUAAAGUAGUCUAUCUCGGGUCUAGUAUAACUAACGAUGGUAACCGUGAAGCAGAAGUUCGGAGACGUAUUGGUAUGGCAAAAAAUGCGAUGAGUCGCCUAACUAAAGUUUCACAAUAUCAAGAUGAGACUGGUGAAUGCCCUUGUAUUCUCAAUAUUUCUAUACGGACCAGAGAUUUGGACUCUUCACGCAUGCGAGCGCCAAAAAAUUGUAGCAUUUGAGAUGUGGUGCUGGAGAAGAAUGCUGCACAUAACUUGGACAGCUUAUAGGACAAACGUUUCGAUUCUAAACCAACUCGAGAUUAAAAAAAGGAUCACAAUAUGUCUGCAACGAAUUCUGCAAUUCUUCGGUUACGUGUUGCGCAGAGGUGACGAUAAUUUGGAGAGAUUAAUUGUUUCUGAAAACGUCUGGGGAGAAGAUCAAGAGGACGAUCACCAACUAGAUAGUCCGACCAAAUUAAGAAUUCAUCUGGAAACUCAUUCUGCGAACCUCUUAGAACAGCUGAAGUUAGAGUCCAAUGGAAAAAAAUUGUUAGGAAUAUUGAAAGAAAUCACGAUCCUCAGAAAUGGGGAAACGACAAUAGAGAGAGAUAACAAAAUUCAGUCGUGCGAAUACCAAGUCUUCCAGAAUAUCAGUAAUUUAGUCGAGACAUAUUAAUAUAUAUUUUUUUACCAACAAGAAUGAGGUGUUUGAACAAAAUAAUGUUUUAAAUUUAUGAUGUGCAAAAUAAUUUUGAAUUCGGUUCCGCUAACGAACUUGCUUUUUUAUGCUUAAAAGUAGAAAAAACGUUUAAUUUCUCUUGCGUAAUAUUUGUCAUCUAGUUAUUUUAACUGUACUACUAUAAAAGUGUCUACUGUAAGUUCUAAAAUGACUCAUUUAAAUGAUUAAUGGGAUAUUAAAAUAUCUUAUCUAAAGCGGAUUCUCGAAUUUCUUAAACACUUAUACCAAACAUUGAUACCGCCACUUUGUUGCGCAUUCUGGCUGAUUUCCGAUUCGACUACAGCAGUGAAUUCUCAUAUAAAUUUCAUCUUCAGGUAAACAGCUGUACCUAAUAUUAAUAUAUAAUAAACUACAAAAGACUUACAAAGAAAAUGCUUAUGUAACUUACGUAAAAUAAAAUUCAUAAAGUAUAAUAUUAACAACA